AUGCUCCAACCCAUCAAUCUCGUAGUCGAUCUCGGCGGCCCGACACUCUGGCUCGACUGCGACCACCACUCUUCGUCUCUUCUCCAGCGGGCUUUCGUACUCAGCCGCUCGAUCCUGUGCUUUGCGGCAAAAUCCGACGGCCUUCUUCGCCGGACCGGCGGCAGAGAGUCGGCUUGUAUUGUUGGAUUGCGAAACGGUGUCGUCGGGUCGAGAGUCGUAGGUCAACUAGCUGAAGGCGAUGUCGCCGUCGGGUCAACGGCGAGGGUUGAAAAGUUCAUCUUCUCUUGCGGGUCGGCUUUUCUGCUCGGCGGCCUAGCGACGAGGACUGUGAGGAUGAUGGUAAGAGAAACCAAGCUGCUAGGGUUGCAGCUGGUUGUAAGGGAGAAGAAGAAUGCGAGCAAUGAUUAUUUCGAAACCAGCAAAUUGCAAAGCCUCUCAUUCUUCUAUUUAUACCAACGUUCAGAAAGCUAA